GCGGAGCGCAGCGCGAUGGCCCUGGCGGCGGCGGGUCGGGCCGGGCCGUGGCGCGCGGCGCUGGGGGCCCCGGGGCGCUGCUACCGCACCGAGCGCGGCGUCUACGGCUACCGCCCGCGCCGCCCCGACAGCGCCCGCGCCGCCCGCCCAGAUAGGGCGACAGGGGCCGUUGACCACGGUCUUGCCCGUUUAGUAGGGGCGUACCAUGAGCACGGCCACAAAGCCGCCAAAAUUAACCCUUUGUUUGCUGGUCAAGCGGUGUUGGAUAUGGUACCUGAAAUUCGAAUGCUGUUGGAAGUUCUUCAAGGGCCUUUCAACAUCACAGGACUUCUGAACAUGGGGAAGGAAGAAGUGUCCCUAGAGGAUGUGCUGGCUUACCUUGAUCACGUAUACUGCGGGCACAUUUCUAUAGAGACGAGCCAGCUGCCAAGCCCAGAGGAGAGACACUGGUUUGCUAAAAGGUUUGAGGAGCUAAAACAAGAAGCAUUUACAACCGAAGAGAAAAAGCAUUUGUCCAAGUUGAUGUUGGAGUCCCAGGAAUUUGACCACUUCUUGGCCACCAAGUUUGCCACGGUGAAGCGAUAUGGGGGUGAAGGAGCAGAGAGUAUGAUGGGCUUUUUCCAUGAGUUGUUCAAGAUGUGUGCAUAUAGUGGGGUGAUGGACGUAGUUCUUGGCAUGCCCCAUCGCGGAAGGCUUAAUCUCCUCGCUGGCCUGCUUCAGUUUCCACCAGAGCUUAUGUUUCGCAAGAUGCGCGGGUUGAGCGAGUUCCCAGAGAAUUCACCUGCGAUUGGAGAUGUCCUUUCCCACCUGACAUCCUCUGUUGAUCUAGACUUUGGAUCGCACCGUCCUGUGCAUGUCACCUUGCUGCCUAACCCCUCCCAUCUAGAAGCCAUUAACCCAGUGGCUGUUGGCAAGACACGGGGAAGGCAACAGUCAGUGCUAGACGGAGAUUACUCCCCAGACAGCUCUGCCCAGCCUGGAGACAAAGUCAUCUGCCUGCAGGUUCACGGUGAUGGUGCUUUCUCUGGUCAAGGGAUUGUUCCUGAAACGUUGACGCUCUCUAAUCUGCCACAUUUCAGAGUUGGUGGAAGCAUCCAUCUGAUUGUUAACAACCAGCUGGGAUAUACCACUCCUCCAGAACGAGGGAGAUCAUCACUGUACUGUAGUGACAUUGGUAAGAUAAUUGGGUGUGCAAUUAUCCACGUGAAUGCGGAUGAUCCUGAAGAAGUCAUCCGAGCCACACGCCUAGCUGUCGAAUACCAGCGCAACUUCCGACGGGAUGUGAUUGUUGACUUGCUGUGUUAUAGACAGUGGGGUCACAACGAACUCGACGAGCCGUUCUUCACGAAUCCCGGCAUGUACAAAAUCAUUAGAUCUCGUAAGAGCAUCCCAGAUACAUAUGCAGAGCAGCUAGUAGCUGGUGGACUCAUGACUGAGGACGAAGUAUCAGAGAUAAAGACAUCAUACUACUCCAAACUGAACAACCAUCUUGCCAACAUGACGUUGUAUACUCCUCCUCCCACCAACCUGCAGGCGCACUGGAGUGGCAUGGUGGAACCCACCGCUAGGAUCACCACGUGGGACACGGGUGUGCCUGUGUCGCUCCUCCAGUUCAUUGGAAUCAAGUCCGUGGAGGUUCCUGAAGAGCUCCAAAUGCACAGCCACCUUCUGAAGACAUAUGUGCAGGCAAGAAAACAGAAAGUGGAGGAGGGAACAAAAUUGGACUGGGCUACGGCUGAAGCAUUAGCUUUUGGAGCCCUGCUCAGCCAAGGGUUUAAUAUCCGAUUAAGUGGACAGGAUGUCGGCAGGGGAACAUUCAGCCAACGACAUGCAAUGUUGGUUUGCCAAGAGACGGACGACACUUACAUCCCUCUGAACCACAUGUCCCCAGACCAGAAGGGCUUCCUAGAGGUGAGCAACAGCCCCCUGUCCGAAGAAGCUGUGCUUGGUUUUGAAUAUGGAAUGAGUAUUGAGAGUCCCAAAUUAUUACCAAUUUGGGAGGCUCAGUUUGGCGAUUUCUUCAAUGGGGCCCAGAUAAUAUUUGACACUUUCAUUUCUGGAGGUGAAGCUAAGUGGCUCCUGCAGAGUGGAAUUGUCAUUCUUCUUCCCCACGGCUAUGAUGGUGCAGGCCCUGAACACUCGUCCUGUCGAUUAGAACGCUUCUUGCAGAUGUGUGACAGCUCAGAGGAGGGAGUUGAUGGUGAUAAUGUGAAUAUGUCAGUGGUGCAUCCAACCACCCCAGCACAAUAUUUCCAUUUACUCCGAAGGCAGAUGAUUCGAAACUUCCGGAAACCGCUAAUCAUUGCCUCUCCCAAAAUGCUCCUCAGGCUCCCGGCUGCUGUGUCAGGUCUUCAGGAAUUGGCUCCAGGGACAACGUUCCGGCCAGUCAUUGGCGAUUCAUCAAUUGACCCAAAAAGUGUCACCCGGGUGGUGCUGUGUUCGGGCAAACAUUAUUAUGCCUUGGUGAAACAGAGGGAAGCCCUUGGAGAACAGCAGCGCAGCACUGCCAUCAUCAGACUUGAAGAGCUGUGCCCUUUCCCUCUGGAAGCUCUUCAGCAAGAAAUGAACAAAUACAAGAAUGCCAAAGAUUUUAUUUGGAGUCAGGAGGAACCACAGAACAUGGGUCCCUGGACCUUUGUGUCACCAAGGUUUGAGAAGCAGUUAGCAUGUAAGCUCCAUCUUGUGAGCCGACCUCCCUUACCAGCUCCAGCAGUGGGCAUUGGAACAUUACAUCAGCAGCAACAAGAACACAUACUUACCAAAACGUUUGCUUAAAGCCUUUCUACUUAAACAGCUACAAUUCCCUACGUAUAAUAACUUUUUUUCAAAGAACUUGCAUGGAGGAAGAAAAACCACUAGGCCUUUUAGUCGCAAAAGGCAAGAACAAAUCAGGAACUGUUCUGUAAAGAGCAGGGAAAUCUUUAAAUGUACUGAUGCAAACAAACCUAUGCUGACCCCUGCCUGUCCAGCUCCGACUAGGCACAUCUACACAUACCCCCCACAGUGCAUUCGUUACUGUGCUGUCCUUUAGUACUUCCUUUAGGAGGUACUAAAGGGCAGCACAUUGUUAUUUUUAGCAGCUAUGGUGCCGUGGCGACGCACUAUAGCGAGGUAGCUCGUUGCUACAGCAACAUAGCGUCAGUGUCACAGUUUGUGCCUCACAGUCACCAUAGUGACAAGCUACAUCACCAUAGUGCAGGGGUUAUCAGUCGGGGGUACAUGUACCCCUGGGGGUACUUGGAAAGGCCACAGGGGGCAUGCGGUGCAGAGAAGUGGGGGCACUUCUGGUUUUGCCAGUGGCGCUUUUGGUUUUGCCACUGUGGGCGGGGGCCCCUCGCCUCCACUGCCCGUGGAUCAGCUGCCGGGGAACUCCCCUUCCAACCCCCCCGGCUGGGGGACUCCCUGCUUCUCAACCGGAUGCCAAAGAAGGUUGAAAACCCCUGCCAUAGUGGAUCACUACAGCAACAUGGCAUCUUGUAUAGAUGCACCCACUGAGGAUGAUUCUUACUGUCCUUUUGUAUUUUUUACAUUAUGUAAAAUCAAACCCAUUGUGAGAUCAGUGUGCGCACUGGAAAAAAAAAAUCAAUGUGUUUAUAAAGAAUUAUAUAAUAAAGAAACCCCCUAGUUCA